CCGCGUAGGUCAAUCCUGGACCUCGAACCUCGUCCAAACCCCCGCCUCACCCAGUGACAUGGCUCACCUACGAAGGCAGCUUUACGUCUUCGGAGAAUGGGUGAUGCUAUACUAAGCCUAAGCCAGUAGUGGAAGACUCAUGUGCCUGUCAAAAGGCUCUAUCACCCCACCUGAUGACGUCUGAUCACGAGCGCUAAACCGGACAGGUGAAAGAAAACACUGCGAGCGUCACAUAGCAAGGUGUGAUCUGCACACUGCACCUUCCGAAAAGGGGCGUGUGGGUUGCGCGAGUGUAAGAACGGGCCGAUGCGCAUGGGUGGGUGUCCAUUGCUUGUUUGUCGGCUUGUAGGUAUGCGCUUGAUCCUCUUCAACCCCCUGUCGUCCCCUUCAACGACAACAAGGGCUGCCCAAGGGCGCAUGGCCUGGACAGUGAGUGGUGCAAGGGGUCAGGAACCUUACAGCCACAGCCGCGCCAAGAACAAGGGUCCUGGGCUCCUGGCGCAAACUAUCGGUGGCUCCAGGAAAGCCCGGCAUCCCAGGCGCUUGGGUUCCUCGCUUAGCCCUUGUCUACUUUAUCGGCACAAUUCACAGACUACUCCGAUCUACCAAGAUCUGACGCCGAGUGCAAACAAGUGCCACUCCUAGUGAGAUUUGCCGAUGAGCAGUGAUUCCCUGUAGGCAGAGUGGCAGCUUGACAAGGCUGAGUGGCGUCGAGCUUUGACAAGGAGAUUGGAUCACGAUCUAUAUCGUUGUAAUUGAAGACAUGUCUGACAUCGUACCCAGGGUCCCUGCUGCAGACGACGGAGGGGUCAAGGUGCCGCGAGCCAAGCAAGAGAGAGAGAGCGCGUGCGUGUGACAAAAAGAUCUUCGAACGUCGCUGAAACGCUCCCGGGAGUGCACAAAGAAGCCC